AUGACAGAAUAUUUCCAUGACAAGAGCUAUUUUGACGACAAUCUCGCUGGUGCACAGGCAGAUCAGGAAGUCUUGAAAGAACUGCUAGUAGAUCAGUUCCCCCUUAUUGCUGCACAUCUAAACUCCUUGGAUAUCGAUCUAGCGACUAUCACCUUGAAUUGGUUCUUAGCUCUGUUUUUCGAUGCUGUUCCAUUCAACUGGUUCACUCUUUCACAGACUUUGCUCCGCAUAUGGGACUGCUUUCUUCUCGAGGGACCAAAGGUUCUAUUUCGAUUCGCUCUGGCUUUACUUGAAACCCGGGUCGGCCGUUCACUGAACGACGUGGAUGGGCACGUCGUUUCGUACCCAGCUGACUUUUUCGGAGUCAUAAGUGGAAAAAUCACCAACGUAGCAGAUAGUUACGAUCCACAUAGUUAA